UGUCGUACAAGUUCGGCCAGAAAGACUCGCUGGGGGGCUCGUUGAUGAUGCGGGCCAUGCUCCGGCCCGCCCCGGGCGCCAGGAACGCGAUUCCCGCCAUGAUUCUGGGCGAGGUCUCGUACGACGCCGGGUUGUGGAAGCUCACCGCGCUGGCACAGAACAUCUACGGGUCGACCCUGUAUCAGCUUUUCGACCCAGAUAUCGGCAGCGGGAUUGGGGAGAUCCUGGAUAAUAUCGGCAUCACGUCGCUGGGCAUCGAGUACCACUAUGCAGCCCGCGGCGGCGCGACGAGCUUCUCGGUCGACGGCGACCUGGUCAUCGGGUCGCUGGGGCUGACGCUCGAUUUCACACACGACCCCCCCACGCAAUGGCGCUUCGAGGCACACUUGGAUGUUAGCCGCACAGAGCUUGGCAAGGCUACGCUAUCAGACGUUCUGGCCUACCUCUUUGGCGACACGGUGACGAGUGAAAUGCCCGCUUUCAUCCGCGACAUCCCCGUUAUCCCGCCCCGCGAUGAGAAGGCCGUGGGCUUUGACAUGGCGGCUCUCCCGGCGCCUGGAGGAUCUCCCGGUACUGGUAGUACGAAAGAAAGACCUCUACUCUUCACAGCCUGGCUUAGCUUCCUCGACAUGACGUUCCAAGGGGUCCAGUACCAAGGGGUCACGCCGGAGGGUGCAGGGGGGAGUGUUGGUAGUAAUAGGCCGCGCCCGCGACGCAUUUUUGAACUCGUUGUCAACUCGCUGCCCGCGGUCGAUAUACCGCUUGUUGGUAACCUCACGCAACCGUUUGACGAGAUGCUUCUGCUCUAUGUUCACCCUGAACAAGGCGAUACGGCGGAGUCAGGCCUCACCUUCGCCGAGGCGAGGGCAAUCAACGACGAGCUCCGACUCGUAGGAAGAAGACAGCUUCCCUAUCGCGCUACGAAGAAGUUUGCAGACGAGGACGUGGUCCUCACGAUCGGUGCACACUUCAUCCUGGUGCUCAAGGGCCCGGCCGGCCAGUCCACGGUGGCGCUUGACUAUGUGUUUUACGUGCCUACGCUGACCCCCCGAAAACCGUCGAGUGGGUUCGUUUUCACAGGCGCAGGGGCAGGUGGCAGUGAGACUGCAGUCACUGCACCGCCGGGAACAGGCCCAGGACCGGCCAAGGCGCCGUACGAGAAAAGGAUAGGCCCGCUAAGCAUUCGCAACAUGGGCUUCCAAUUCACGCCAGCCGAGAAGCCAGUACUAUCCAUCAUCAUGGAUGCCUCCAUCGCCGUGGGCCCAAUUGCGCUAGACCUGCUUGGCUUCGGCCUCGACCUCUCCUUCGACAAGGGGGUCACGCUGUUCCAGCUGCCGACGCCUUGUCCCCGCAUCGCGGGCCUAGGGGUCGCGUUCGACAGACCGCCGGUCGUGAUUGCUGGCAUGUUCGAACACCGUCACGAGGACCUGCCGGUGAAGCGCGACUGGUAUCAGGGCGCUGCCACGCUGAGUUUCCAGCCGUAUCUCUUCACGGCAGCCGGAUACUAUGGCACCACCACCACCGCCAGCUCCGAGACAUUCAUAUCCGCGUUCGUCUACUUCAUCCUCCACGGGCCGCUCGUCGAGCUGGAAUUUGCCGAGAUCAACGGGGUCAUGGGCGGGUUUGGCUAUAAUACCUUUCUGCAGCUGCCCAACCCUACGAACGUGCUCGACUUCCCCUUCCUGCGCAACCCAGACUCGACAGACCCAAACCAGGAACUGGCUGCCCUGGUAGGCGGCGCAUGGUUCUUCCCGCAGAACGGAGCCUUCUGGCUGGCCGCAGGGCUCAGCGUCAAGGCGCUCCAGAUGCUGCAGGUGCGCCUCGUCCUUGUGGUCGAGUGGAAUCCGAACGUGCAGCUCGGCCUUUACGGGGUUGCCACGGCCGACAUGCCCGCGGGAAACCAGGAAAGCCUCAAGAUGCUGCACGCCGAGCUUGGCGUCACGGCAACUUUUGACUUCGGCACCGACGCGCUCCGAAUCGAGGGCCAGCUCGCGCCGUCGUCGUAUGUCUGGGAUCCCUUCUGCCAUCUGCGUGGCGGCUUUGCCUACUACCAGUGGUUCCGGGGCGCCGAACCCGACGGGGCCGCCGGGCCCAUCCCCGCGGGUGACUUUGUGUUCACUGUGGGCGGCUAUCAUCGCAACUUCCAGCCUCCGGCGCAAUAUCCAUCCAACGUGCCGAGGCUGGGCAUCAGCUGGUCCUUCGAUUCGGCCAUCAGCAUCACGGGCGAGGCCUACUUCGCCAUCACGCCGAACGUGGCCAUGGCCGGCGGCCGACUCGACGCCUCGCUCUCGCUCGGUCCGCUCUCGGCCUGGUUCGACGCCUGGGCCGACCUGCUGAUCAACUAUAAGCCGUUUCACUUCACCGCUGUGGGCGGCGUGUCGGUCGGCGUCCGCUUCACGCUGGACUUGUGGAUCUGCACGAUCCACAUCAGCGUCGAGAUCGGCGCCACGCUGUACCUGGCCGGCCCGGCGCUGCACGGGACCGUGCAUGUCGACUUCUGGGUGUUUGGCUUUGAUAUUGACUUUGGCGACGACUCGGGCGGCCCGGCUGGCAAGCUUGGGCUGGAGCAGUUCUACGAUCUUGCGCUGCAGGCUGAUCUGUCAAAAGCCGUGGCCGCGGGCGCAUCUACCGGUACUGGUGAUGACCGUGAUGACCCGCCGUCAGCCUCCCCUCCUCCACACGUCUACUCGUGCAACGAGGGACUUGUGCCAACGGGUAGCACCGAGUCGACGCCCAACAAGGAUGACGAGCCUUGGCGGGUACGCGGCGCCGUCUUCCGCUUUACCGUCGGCUGCAAGUUUGCCAUCGACUCGGCAGACGUCGUCACGGCCCAGACGGACCCUCACGCGCCGCCCAUUCCGCCACUGCACAUUCCCGGCAACGGACAGCCCAUUUAUGCGCGUCCUAUGCAUUGCACCAAGAGGCUGGACAGCACUCUGACAGUCACGAUUACUCCGGUCGAUUCUCCGACGAAGGGACCGCUGCUCACCGGCCAGGACCAUGGCGAUGCUCCUCCACCGGUCCCGGUGUGGGACAAUGGCGUGCCCGUUGUGAAGCCGGUGCCCAAGGCUGUGUGGGGAUUGUACUCGGCUGCCGAUGACCCAAAUGACCCCAACAACCCCGACCCAAACCAUAACAGCAACCUCCUCCAGCCCACCAAUACCAGCGGCGACCCCUCCUCACCCACUGCCACCCUCGUCCCGCUCACCAUGGGCAUUACCCUCUCCUCCCCGCUGCCGCGCAUCGCAACCGACUGCAUCCCGGCGUUUGCCUACGAGACCUUCUUCGUGCGUCCCGUGGGCGAUCCGGUCGCCUUUCCCGCACCAAAAGCGAGCAACGCGGCUUGGUAUCCUCGCGCUCUUCCUCUCGCUCACGGUACUACCACUAGUACUACUGGUACGAGUACGAGUACGAGUGAUGUGGGCGGCAGCGACGAGUGGGAAUACGUACGGAGUCGGUGGAGUGGCACGCCCGGGCUGGGAAGCGGCGCGGCCGAGGCGGCUGUGAAGACCUGGGCGGCGCUGAGCUUCGCUACGGGCUGGCAGGUGGAUACCCGGCCGGGCGAUAUCAGUGGCAAGGCGCCCGAGAAAAUGCUCGAGGAGGGCACCUUCCAGACGCUGUUUCUCGAGGCGCCUAUGGUUUGUGCUUUUCCUGGGCGGGGGGCGUAGCUAGGCAAGGUAGAUAUCUAGUAGAUAUUAGUGAC